AUGGCUUCUUUUCGGCGCAUUGCUGUGGCCACAAGUUCAGCGGUCAUCCGACUGACGGCCUUCAUGUUUCUGAGAUGGAUCCCUGGUCAUCACUUUGUACCCCUCCUGUUGACCUCCCUGGUGGUGUAUCUGUCGUCAAUCUUCUCCUUGAUUAAGGACACCCGGCCUGAUGAAUGGCAGACCGCGAAGCCGCAUGGCCCAACCACGCGUAAGCCGGGCUCUCGUCGUACCAAAUCCAGUGAUUCUGUGCUCAGGACACUGUUGACCGGGCUGCCCUCGGCGAGAUGGCCCCUAUGGACGAGGAUGACAAUCUUGAUCAAUGUUGCCCUAGCAUUUGUCUCAGUUGACUUCUUAGUUCGAGGAUCUCUUUUCUAUCCUACUGCGAAUGUCGCGUUCUCUCGGGUUGGAUACGUCUCCCCGACCACUGCCAACUUGGUCUUCCGUGAGCCUGACACCACUCGCCUGCCAAUUGUGGUCUCGUACCAAGAGGUCCUUCAAGCAUCUCUGGGCUGGUAUGAGGAGGAUAUCAUUGACAAAUUGGAUCAUACCACCGACUUUACAACAACAGUGACCCUCAAUGACCUGAAGCCAGCGACAACAUAUCGCUAUGCGCUGUCCAACAACCAGUCUGGCACAUUCGUUACAGCGCCAUCACCCGAGAUGAUGGAAGCAAGCCAGCUAUCUUUUGUAACAUCGAGUUGCCUGAAGCCAAACUUCCCUUACAACAUACUAUCACACCCAUUGCGGGUCCCAGGCCUUGAGCAAAUGACCGAAGCCCUCGCUAGACUACCGAGACUACUUCGCCCAGCAUUUAUGCUCUUCCUGGGCGACUUCAUCUACAUAGAUGUACCCUGGCGCUUUGGAUCAUCCAUGGAGCACUACCGCAGCGAGUAUAGACGGAUCUACUCAUCUCCCUCAUGGUCCUUCGGCGAAGAAGACAAUCAAGCAAUCGAUCUCCCCUGGCUACACACUCUCGACGACCACGAGAUCGAGAACGACUGGUCCCAAGGAAACAAAACAGAUCCAUACCCUGCUGCCGCCGACCCUUUCAUCCACUACCACGUCCGAGGCAACCCACCAAUCCCCUUAACACCAUUCGCGCACCCAGACAACGUAACCUACUUCGCAUUCACCCGCGGCCCAGCCUCAUUCUUCAUGCUAGACACCCGCACCUACCGCAACGAGCCAUCCCAGAAGAACUCCACCAUCCUCGGCAACGCCCAGCUCCAAUCCCUCCUCACCUACAUCUCAACCCCGGAGCCGGCGGGCGUCCACUGGAAAAUCAUUUCCUCCAGCGUCCCCUUCACCAAGAACUGGCACGUCGGCACAGCCGACACCUGGGGCGGAUUCCUAGACGAGCGCCGCACAGUCUUCGAAGCAAUGUGGCGAGCCGAGCGGGAGCUAGGCGUCCGCAUCGUCCUGCUCAGCGGCGAUAGACACGAAUUCGGCGCCACCCGGUUCCCAGACCCGACAUUCAAUCCACGCCCCGACGAGCUCAAACCCAAUACCGCCGGACGGGGGCUGCAUGAGUUCAGCGUUGGUCCGUUGAGCAUGUUUUACCUCCCCAUCCGGACGUACCACCAGACCGACAGCGAGGAUGUGACUGUGAAGUAUGCGCCGACUGGAAACAGUAAGUUCGGGCUUAUUCAUAUUGCCGAUGAUAUCGAUGUUGUGGAUUCCGGCGCUUCUGUGCGGGUGCGCAGCUCUGCUCUUACUUAUUCGCUGUAUGUCGAUGGUGAGGUUGUUUGGAAGUAUCGUCUCAGUAUCCCGCUGGAUCGUGACGCGAGUGCUGCUGGACUGCGUCUGCCGCCGGGCCGUGUGCUGGAAGACAAGAUCGGGGGUCUUAGUUGGAGUGUGGUGCUUGGGACUGUUGUGGGACGUGUGCCAGAGGUGGCGAAAUUGGUUACUGAGAAGGUUACGGACUUGUACUUUGAUCUUGCGAGUCAAGUGAAAAGGGCCGAGAGGCUUGGUUAG